AUUUUUAUCAGCUAUGGAUUGCAAUUUCAGUCCUUUUAUGAGCUGCGUGUAAUUCUGCGUGCGGGUUCGUUAAGUGAAAUUAAAUUCAUUUAUUUGUAAUUAUUUGAUACUAUAUUUAUUAUUGUUUUGUUAAUUUUUACGAAGUUACAGCUUAAUCAAAAUACCAUUUGACCAUUUUGCGUGAUUGUUUUCCAAUUUCGUUUGCUGUGUUAAUUUGAUAGUUGAAAAAUGGUUAAUUUAUUGAUAAACUUUCGAAAAGUUACGAGAAAUUUCUAUGCUCUCUGAGCUGUUGUAAGAUAACAUAAUAGCAGCCCUUUGUCUCUAAAUAUAUUUUGUCCAAACCAGAAGAAUUCGAGGCGGAGCCGUUGGUGUUAGGUCGCAAAAAGGUUCCUCAAACAGUUUUCAGAUGAUUGGGCCGAAAGAAAAUCAAUAAGUAACAAGGUUCAAAUCAAAAAAUCUCCAAGAAAAAUUAGUUUAACUCGGUGGCCUGACAUUCGAGGGAUUUGUUAGCAGCAAUCAGAGUCAGGUUCCUAAUUUCUCAAUUCUGAUUGGCCGAUAUUUCAAACUCUUAUCUCUGUAAACUAUCUCUUUAUAACAAAUUUCUCAAAAACCAUUGAAUUACACAGUUUCUUUGUGUUAAUUUGUACAACUCAUUUAUAACUUAAUCGGAGAGUCAAUUAUUGUUUUUUGGCAAAUUUGAAAUAGCAUUUCUACUUAUCAAUUUUUUUACAAGCAAGGGUUCGAAUUUUGAAAUCCGUUUCAUUAAAUAACAUUUGCCAAUUUUUACCCAGAAAUUGAGCUCAACCCUAUUUUCUACAUUACUAUAUGAACAAAUUCGACGAAUCGAGAGCGUUAAAUUAGCCAGUUUGGUCCCUGGAUUUUUCUAACAUCAAUAUUCAAGGUCACACGCCAAAAAAACUAUACAGAAAGUCAACAUCGCAUAUCGCCACACAAAUGCAAUUUGGAGACAUCUUUAUGUCAAAUUGAAAGAUCAUUCAAAUUUAAAAUCAGCAUUCCGCGAAAAACUUUCAAAUAAAGUGAAGUUUUUCAACCUCUGUAAAAACUUCAUUCUGAGCGUUGGGUUUUUAACAAACGAAAAAUGAAAAAAGUCAUAAAAUUACGCACUUCGAUAAUGAAACUCAUGUUACUGGGCUUAAUCGUGGUUGUCGGGAUCGGCGGUGUUUCUGGAGACAAAGAAAAGGAUCUUGAGGAUGUUCCGGAUUGGGUUCUAAAGAGACAUCUGAAUUAUCUGCCCGAGUAUACGCCCAUAGCUAACAAAUCAGCCAAUUAUCUUGCCUCAUGUUCGCCUGUACACUGCAAUGGAAACGGACUGUGCUUUGUUGUCGACCAGGAACGGGAAAGGAACUCUAAAGAUGCGCCAGCUCACAAAGUUUGCGAAUGUUCGGCCGGUUUCUUUGGACCUUUGUGUCAAUUCGAGGACAGCUGCUAUCGCAACAAGUCCUACUGUCACCAUCAGGCAGCAUGUCAAAUGGUUCUCGUUAACAUCCCCGACGAAUCAACGUCCUACCCACCCUCCCUAGAAGUCACCGGCUAUACUUUAGCCGCUUACCCAGAAUGCACUUGCAACGACGGAACUUUCGGCGACCAUUGUGAAAGCUUCAAUCCGUGUACUGAAUCACAGAAAAACCAAUGCAACCAUGUUGAAAGAUGCUACCAGCUUUCAGAUGGAUCACCCAAAUGUAUAUGUUUUCCAGGAACGAUAGGAAAACUUUGCGACAAGAUCGUUUCUGUUGAAGAUGUCUGUACAAAAGAAUCCUGUAACAACUCAGGCGUUUGUUACGAGGAAAGAGGACAAGCUAAAUGUACAUGCGAAGAUGGAUUCAAAGGAGCAAAAUGUGAAAAGAAACUGGAUGUCUGUGAACAACAUUUCGACAUUUGCGGCGGACACGGCAGCUGCAAAAGUGACUCCAGCGAUAAAACUUGGAGGUGUGAGUGCGAGACAGGCUGGUUUGGUCAGUUUUGCGAGGAGCAGUUCAGACCCUGCAAAACACAUCUGUGCAGAAAUGGGGCUCAGUGCACUGUCACGGGAGAGCAUGAACAGAAAUGUGACUGCAAACCUGGUUUUGAGGGCGACUUCUGUGAACAAUUUGCUCCGUUCGACUGCCGGGGCAGUGGAGGGCACCAUUUGUGUCAAAAUGGGGGAGUAUGUGGACUGGACCCCUCGGACGGAAGUGCCAAGUGCUCCUGUCCCAAGGAAUACACAGGUGCGUUUUGUGAGCAAGACGUAGACGAAUGCUCGUUAGAAAUAGGCGAACCUAUGUGCACUAAUGGAGCGACGUGUCAGAAUAUCAAAAAUGGAUUCGAUUGCCAAUGCAUGACGGGCUAUCAAGGGAGUGUGUGUCAGAUAGACCUUGAUGACUGCUCCCCCGACCCAUGCAACUCGGGUGGAGUUUGUGUCGACGAGGGUCCCAUGAAGUACAGCUGCACCUGUCCAAAGAAUGAAACCACUGGACUGGAUCUGUUCAUUGGUCACAACUGUGAUCUCCCGAACCCCUGUGUGAACCCGGAAACGCACGAGCCAGUGUGUGAACAUAAGGGAAUGUGCUUUCACACCAAUGACUUCACCUCCUUUCGAUGCGAAUGCAUGAACACUGGAUAUAAAGGAGAAAGGUGUGAACAAGACGUGAACGAAUGUGAAGAAUACAUGUUUGCAAAAAAGUGUAUUGAAGAAGGAAACAAGUGUGUGAACACUGAAGGGUCUUGGGAGUGCCUUUGUACUGGAUUGUAUGCGGGAAGGUACUGUCACAGGUUUUGGGAUGUUUGCGCGGACGUUCCGUGCCAAAAUGGUGGAAAAUGCAUUAAUAAAAUGGAUCUGGAAAAUACUGGAGACUCCAGAGACACCAUGGAAUUGGGAAAAUGUGUUUGCGAACCAGGCUUCAACGGAACUUACUGCGAGGAAGACAAGCGAUGUAGCAGCAACACGUUGUGCAAAAGAGGCGAGGACUGCAUUGAAGAGCCAAUCACCCAUUUCGGAAAAUGCGUCUGCCCACAAGGAAAACGGUGCGGUGAGAUUGAGGAGUAUCAUGACUACCGAAGCUGCGAUAACAACCCUUGUAAAAACGGCGCCGAGUGUCUUAAUGGCGUGGAUCAGUACUUCUGCGUUUGUCUGCCUGGCUUCCAAGGACACGACUGCUCGGACGAAAUAAACGAGUGUGAACAAAUUCACGAAAUAAAAGCAGAGAAUGGAUCCAGAAUCGAGACGUCAAAUCCUUGCGUCAACGGAGGUCAAUGUAUCGAUCGACUUAACAGCUACGAGUGUAAAUGCGAGUUUGGUUUCGAAGGGAAGAAUUGCGAGAAACUAUUGGAUCCCUGCAACACAACUUGGGAACAGUCAAAGUUCAGCUUCUCGUAUUGCGCAAAACAAACUACUCAAAAAUGUAAAUCGGAACUGCAAAACGGAGAGUUUGUGGUUGACUGUUUUUGUAAACCGGGUUUCUACGGCAGUAGAUGCCAGUAUGCCGUGAACCCCUGUUUGAGUAAACAAAUUGUUUACGGGGAGUCAGAUGUCAUUCUACAAAAUGGUGUCCUAGAUGUUUAUGUGUGUGAAAAUGAGGGAUAUUGUACCCCUCUACCUGUGAAUGGAGCUGGUCACGUGGGCUCGAGGUCACGAGUGGUCAAUGAAACUGACGUUUUUGUUUUUGGUGUGCAAUGUCAUUGCCGCGAAGGUUUCACUGGAGAACGAUGCGAGAUUGUUGAGCAAACAUGUCCGGACAGCUUUUGCAGGCAUAGAGGAUCCUGUAUCGUGGAAUCCCCUGGACAGUUGAAGUGCAAAUGCCACCAGGGCAUGACUGGACAUGAUUGCUCCAAGCCAGACGUGGAAGACCGGUCCUUAUACACGUGUAAACUCUACUCACAAAUAUCAGGCAGCAAAAUAUGCAAUAACGGUGGCACUUGUGUCGAUAAAUUUAAAGCCGAUGGUGAUUUAGCUGAAGACGAAUUCGGUUUUGAGUGCAAGUGUCCCGAAGGUUUCAGUGGACAGUUUUGCGAAAGAGUUGAUGAUUUUUGCAGCAUCGAAGGGGCGAGCGUGUGCAAAUAUGGAAUGUGUGUGAACGACAAAGACAGCUACAGGUGCGAAUGUUUCGAUGGCUUCUUGGGGGCCAAAUGCGACCAGAUCACCCCGCGAUGUCCUCAAAACAAAGACCUAAAAUGCAGCCCACUAGCUGAAAAGAACCCCAUCAACUCACUUUUCCUCUGCCUAUCUCUGGCUGCCCCUUUGGAACCGGAAUGUGCCCUGGAUCUCUCAGCUCCUGAGGUCCAGACAAGCGAGUGGUGUCCGAAUGAGAGGUGUGGGCAUGGGCGACGGGGGGCAUAUGGAUCUACUUGUAACAUGACUGCCUUGGGGUCCAAAUGUCACUGCGCAGUUGGAAAGAAGGGGGAUUACGACUGUUCUGCUGCUUUGAACUUGUGUGACCCAAAAUUGGCCCAAUGUGACCCCUUGGGGACUCUAGACUGCGUUAAAAGUGUAGCCAAUGAGUCGUGGAUUGCAGACACUUCUGAGUGUAGAUGCAAAGACGGAUUCAAGGGGAAGUUCUGCAACGAGACAAAUGACGUGUGUUUGAAUAAAGACACGUGCAAGAACAAUGGGUUGUGCACUGCUUUAGCUGGAGACGACUUUCGCUGCGCAUGUCCGACUGGUUAUGGCUGUAAGGACUGUUCAUGUCUGGAGAUGUGCGACCAUAACCACGUGUGUCAGGGACCAGGCACCUGCAUGAUGGAACCACUUGACACUCCCAAAUACCACAAUCGCUACUUUUCCUAUUGUGAGUGCGACGGUGGAGUUGGCGGCGACUUUUGUGACAUCGACGUGAGAAAUGAAUGUGAGGUGGACCCGUGCGGGAAUCGAACCCAUUUCGUCGGAGGAGUGGUGGUAAAUCGAAGCUUUCAAUGCGUCGACAGACUAGGUUACUAUGAGUGCAUAGAGACUAGAACUUCGGAAUCGACAACUCGUUCACCGUUCGUGGAUAAAGAGAGCCAAGGCACGAGUACAGUUACGGUCAUAGGAGUGGGUUUGGCCUCUUUGUUUGUGAUCGCCUUGCUGGUAGUUUUGGUGAUCAAGGGUUCGAGGGGAACGAAGACGGUGGUGAAAAAGACGUUCUACCCCGCUGGAUGGCUCGAGAUAAUCAAGGGUAACUUCGGUCGCAAGCGACGCCGUGAUGACCCGGCCGGAAACUACGAAAUGGGUUCCAUGACAGAGGGCACAGAGGGUGACUACUACGGGGGGAGUGAGUACUCAGAAUUAGGCAAUGCGAGUAAGAGGCACAGACAGUGUGGGGACAGUCUCUCUCCCACCUUCGUGAACAAAGAGGGAGCAGUGGGCAAUCAGGACCACCUGGCCGCAUUCAAAAACAACAACAAUAACGUCAAUGGUGCAACAACAAAUGCGAAGGUGUUGGUGGCUGGUGCGGAUAAUACUACCUCUGCCAUGCUAGUUUUGAAGAACAGGGACCCCGAAGUGAGGAGACAGACCCUGCUCAGUCUGGUACAGGGGGGAUACGACAUGAACACUCAAACACUCUCGAGACACGAGACAGUGUUGCAUCAGGCGAUACUAUUGUGUGACGCCGAGUCAGUCCAGAUCCUCCUCCGCUCCCCCUCCAUCGACCUGGCCAUAGGGGACCUGAACAACCGAAACGCCGUCAUGACAGCCACCGCCACGGCCGAUGAGAGAGUAUUCGACCUCGUUUGUCGGGUGAGCACGCGUGAGAUGAUCAAUCAGCAGCAGACAGAUGGGUCCACUUCGCUCAUGGCAGCAGUCAAACACAUCCAUUCCUCCAUCAUCCUCAGACGACUCAUAGACGCAGGCGCCGACGUCAACCUAGCCGACAAAAGAGGAAGGACUGCGUUGCAUUGGGCGGCACAAGUGGGCAAUGCAGAGGCCGUGUUAAUUCUGGUCAAUGCCAAGGCCGACAGAGACGCACAGGACGCCGAGGAGUGCACUCCUUUGAUGCACGCAGUGAGAGAGGGAUGUGUGGAGUGUGUGGUGAAGUUGUUGGAGUUGGGGGCAGACAGGAUGGUGCAGAACAGGGACAAACAGACUGUGGCGGACAUGGCACACAGUAUGGCUACAGCUGCAGGGGGAACAGGCGGCGACAUGCUGCACUACAUACAGAACGUGAUGCCGAUUCUCGCGCUUCCAGACAUGCCCAGCCAGCGCAAUAAGAACAACCGCAAACAAGCGAAAGUGCGCAACUCCAAAAAUGCACCCAAGAAACGUCCGGGCGAAUUCGUCCCUGUCAUGCCUCAAAAUGGUCUUGUUGACCCCUCUGGAAAACCCAUCCAUAUGGGAAUUGUCAAUCCUUCCAAUUUGUUCAUGCUUCAUCAAAACCAAGACGGCAGAAUACCCUUUGCCCAGCACCCCAAUUUGCACGUUAACCCUAAUUUCGUGAACCCGCACCAUCUAAAUGGGAUCCAGAAUCCCAACGGAGGGUCGCCCGGUGUGAUGGCCAAGACCCAACACGCAUUUAUGAUUUCUCCCCCAAAUAACGGAGCUCAAUGUCAAACUGUGGUUCUGACUCAAGAUCCAUCUUCUGGGCGAUAUUUCCACGAAACAGUCCCAAAUCAGAUGAAUGCGUCGACUCCUAUUUUCGCGAACCAACCACCCUCAUCAAGUGCCCAAAUCAACCCGAAUCAUCAGGGGCAGCAAAAUGGGGGAACAUUCCCGAUGCCUCCUCCUUCGAUUUGCCCGGUGUCUAAUGUUUCUCCUAUUAGCAGCCGACAAGGGGCUUGUAUUUUGACACCAAGUGGACUCAAAAUGCCAGCACCCAGUACGGAUUUCUGCGAAAGUUGGAGUGAAACAGUGCCUGUUUUGGUGAAGCAGGAAAACGAUGGAUCGCACCACCGGCCGUUUCAUUGCACUCAAGCUAGUGUAUAUGAAGAUCAGGAUGAUAACUACGAGAAAAUCAACUAUGAUUACGCUCAUUUGCCCAAAGUAGUAUCAACAAGCAGUCUUGCAACGCAACAAGCUGUCCAGAACCAGCAGCCGAUUGCGAAUGAAAACCCGACUGCCGACUGUUCUAAGAUGCUAAAUGUGGUGACCAGCAAUGCUAACGAGCAGCAAGCGAUUCAUGGGUUACCGCAAGCUAACCUUGUCUCACAAGCUAAUGGUUCUGUGCAAGGUAUUCAACAAACGAGUGUACCCCAAGUCAGCAGUGCAGGACCCAUUUUGUACCCUGAAGUACACAACACCGUAUACGGAAACAUGCAGCAAAUACCUUCGGAUGGAUUCCAGCAUCAUCCGAGGUACUCUAUUGCGAGUAGUGUCGGGUACCAGGAUAUGAGCCGAAAUGUGAGCGUCGGAAACCCUCCGAAUCAUCAUCCAGGGGGGUUGAGACAGCAGUCUCAGAUGCAACAAAGCUUGCCUAUUUCUGCUGAGUUCUCCAGUAACUAUGGUCGCAACAGUUCCUUGUCGGGACUAGAUUACGAUUUCAACAACCCAGUUUACCAACCGGCCCUGAGUCAUACAAACUCUAUGACCAGAAACAACACGCAAAGUGUGAUCACCAAUGGCCGCCUGGCGAAUACUGGAGCACAGAGCUUCCAGUUUUCUAUGCAAAAUUUGCCUCUAAAUGGAAUGAAUGUUGAGAACGGAUUUAUGAAUUCGACUAAUACCGGAGUAGAUAGAAUGUUGAAUGCCCAUAAUGGAUACGCUUAUAACGAAGAAACGGCAGUCGCUCACUUCUAAGUUAAUGUAGAAAAAUCUUCAGUCUUCCUUGAAACUUCUGGAGAGUCGUAUGUCUAUCAUUUUUAAACUUCAUUCGCAUUGUUCGUUUAAAACUUCUAAUUUUGCAUACCAUAUUUUAGCAUAAAACAAUCAUGUUUUAAAUUUGAUUCACUGCGUUGUAAUUUACGGCAGUUUCUGCUCUUGCCAAAAAUUUAAUAAAAUCAAGCAAAUAGCAAUACUUUGAGUACCCCCAGCUCAGAUCGGCUAUUAUUUUAUUUAUCAUUUGUAAUUUCUCAAAGAAAAAUACGAUGUUUAAUUCUGUUUGUAUUUAUUGCUCAGUGUUUUAAUGUUACUUUGCUCGUUGAUUUCAUGAAAUAUUAUUUGAUUUUGUUCAAAAUAUUUGAUUUGUGAUAACGUCAAGAACUUGUUCAUGUCUUGAAUCACCGUUUCGAUAUUUUACUAUGCAAUAGACUUAUAUUUAUAAUCGAACUUUGAGUUUUAGUAAAAAAGACUUUUCGAUCAAUAAGACUGCUUAGUGCUGAGAGGAGGCGGAGCAAUAAGCAGAAUAGUCCAAGUGCA